CGUUAGUCAGUUAGCUUCCUGGAGAAGUGCUUCGGCUAAGAGAGAAAUAAAAUCAACAGUACAGACUGAUUAAAAAUGGCCGGAACGGCUUCAGUGGCUGGUGAAGUGUUUGUCGAUGCUUUGCCAUAUUUUGACCAAGGUUAUGAUGCAGCAGGUGUGAGAGAAGCGGCUGCAGCGCUGGUUGAGGAGGAGACCAGAAGAUAUCGACCAACCAAGAACUACUUGAGCUACCUGCCCACACCUGACUUCUCUACUUUUGAGACAGAAAUUAUGAGGAAUGAAUUUGAGCGGCUCGCUGCUCGGCAGCCCAUGGAUCUCCUGAGCAUGAAGAGAUACGAGCUGCCCGCGCCGUCAGCUGGACAGAAGAACGACAUCACAGCGUGGCAGGAGUGCGUCAACAACUCGAUGGCCCAGCUAGAGCACCAGGCAGUCCGCAUCGAGAACCUGGAGCUCAUGUCACAAUAUGGAACCAACGCAUGGAAAGUCUACAAUGAUAACUUGGCCUUCAUGAUCGAGAUGGCACAAAAGGAACUGCAGAAAUUCAGGAAACAAAUUCAGGAUAUGAACUGGCAGCGUAAGAACGAUCAGUUAGCAGGAGGAGCUAAACUGCGAGAGCUGGAGUCAAACUGGGUGUCUCUGGUCAGCAAGAACUACGAGAUCGAGCGGGCCAUUGUCCAGCUGGAGAACGAAGUCACCCAGCUCAGACAACAGCAGGGGGACGAGAACAAGGAGAAUAUCCGACAGGACUUCUAGAGCGGCAGCAGCUUUCAUCAGGUAUCAUAAGACUUACAGGACUAAGGAUGGAACGUUAUCCAUACGGAGGAGAGUUGAUGUGAAACUGCAUCACCCAAUAACGUUGACAUUCAGAUGGAGCUGCCCAGAGACCUCAGUGACAGCACACAUUUUACCAGACCUUAUUCUAGAGUAAAAACAGUGGUGGUUAUGGUAUAAAGCGGCUUUUUGAGUGUAUUUUUUUAUUAUCUUCCAAGGAUCACAGAUGUUUAAAGCAAGACUAUGUACAGUUUGCUAAAGGAUGGAACACGUUCACCUUCUUACAAAUGGAAAGUUGAAUUGAAAAGCAACUAGAGAUCAUCUUGUGGUGAUGUUGACUUUCUGACUCAGGAGUGGUAAGUGGUCAUUACUACAUUAGUACAUCAGAACUCUGUACUCAUGGGUCGGACCACACCCAUCUUCGAGCUAGGCCUUCAUUUUGAUGUCAACCACACACCUGUAAGGUUCUGUGAAUGUGUCUUGCACAGAUCAUAAACACCUGCCACAGUACUCCAAACCACCUCUGUGCUUGUUCCCGCUACAGUCGGCGUCUCAGGACCACAUUUUGUCAUGACCACACACACACACACACACACACACACACAAACAGAAACUUGAAAACAAAACCAGCCACACUGUCUCAGCAGGUGAUAAAACACACCUUUGCUUAAUUCAAUACAAUUAUGGUUUCUGCUGAUACAGUGCAGCCUCACAUAUUCUGGUAUGACCACUAGCCUAUGGUGGCUAAUGCUAGCUAACUUUUGAUAGAUAAUACUGUGUGGCUUUGUGGAGGCGGUUUGCCGGCUUUAAGACUCUUUUCGUCUUUCCUUGUGCUACUGUUGUACCAGCAUUAACAUUAUUUCAUAAGAUAAUAAUGUUACGUAGUCUUGCUUUAAAAUGUAAUUCACACCAGCAUGUAGGAUUCAGUCUUUGAGGCUGUCUACCAACAGAGGAGUGUGUUUAGAAUAACGUGUACAUAGUUCAAGUCUGUUGAAU